CCGGCAAAUCUACGCUCAUCCGUUCACUCACUCCCGAGUCUCGGACACUUAACAGCGUUAGCUAUGCCUUCUGUCCGCGUCCAGGCUGUCAGUCAAUCAUCAGCAUCACCACCACUACCACCACCAUUAUAAUAACCAUCAUCAUUACUACUACUACUGUCACAUUAUCAUUAUUAUCAUCACAAUUAUAAUUCACCGCUCGUGUGGGAAACGGACCGAUGGCCAGGAUUUCAGGAGCUAGGCUGUGACUGGUGGUGGACGGGAGGAAACGCGCAGAGGCCAAGCAAAGGUACAUGGGCGAUGAGGGCAAGGCUGCCAUGAGAGCCCUGCCCAUGGAAGGAGAGCCCUGUCCUCGGGCAGCACUGGCGGUGUCAAACUGCAAGCCAGCCGGGGGCACACGCGUGUUCACCAGCAACACGCACAGCGCACACGUGGUACAGGGCUUCGAGCGGCUGCGCUCCGAGGGUCACCUGUGCGACGUGACGCUGCUGCCAGGAGACGGAGACGAGGCUUUUCCCGUGCACAGGGCCAUGAUGGCCUCCGCCAGUGACUACUUCAAGGCCAUGUUCACAGGCGGAAUGAUGGAGCAGGAGCAAGGCUGCAUCCGCCUGCACGGCGUGAGCGCCGCGGGGCUGCGUCAGAUCGUGGCGUUCAUCUACACGGCGCGCCUGCCGCUCAGCAUGGACUCGCUCGCAGACACGCUGGAGGCCGCCAGCUUCCUGCAGAUCCUGCCCGUGCUCGCCUUCUGCAAGGACUUCCUCAUCUCCGAGGUGACUCUGGAAAACUGCGUGGACAUCGGGCGCAUCGCCACGGCGUACCACCUGCCCGAGGUGGACAAGUACGUCAACGCCUUCCUGCUACGCAGCUUCACGUCUCUGCUGGCCACCGGCGAGUUCCUGCGCCUGCCGUUCGAGCGCCUCGCCUGGGCCCUGGGCAGCGACUCCCUGCGCGGCUGCUCCGAGCUGCAGCUCUUCCAGGCCGCCUGCCGCUGGCUCCGGCACCCGGUGGACGCUCAGGGGGAUUCGCUGUCGCCGGCGCGCGACGCCGCCGCAACCGCCGCCAUGCCCGGCGCUGCCGAGAGGGCGUCCGGCUCGCGGCUCGAGUUCGCCUCCCGUCUCAUGAGCCGCAUCCGCUUCCCGCUCAUGUCGCCGCAGGAGCUGCUGGCGCACGUGCAGACCGUGGACUUCAUGCGCUCCGACGCGGCCUGCCUCAACCUGCUGCUGGAGGCCAGCAACUACCAGAUGCUGCCCGCCAUGCAGCCGGUGCUGCAGUCGGAGCGCACGCGCGUCCGCUCCGACGCGACCCACCUGCUGGCGCUGGGCGGGGUGCUGCGGCAGCAGCUGCUGGUGUCGCGCGACAUGCGCAUCUACGACGAGCGGGCGCGGCGCUGGCGCUGCCUCACGCCCAUGGACGCGCCGCGGUACCAGCACGGCAUCGCGGUCGUGGGCAACUUCCUGUUCGUCGUCGGCGGACAGAGCAACUACGACACCAAGGGCAAGACGGCGGUGGACACGGUGUUCCGCUACGACCCGCGCUACGACCGCUGGGCCCACAUGACGCCCCUCAACGAGAAGAGGACCUUCUUCCAUCUCAGCGCGCUCAACGGGCGGCUCUACGCCGUGGGGGGCCGGAACGCCUCGGGGGAGCUCGCGACGGUGGAGUGCUACAGCCCGGCCUCCAACGAGUGGACGUUCGUGGCGAGGAUGAGCGAGCCUCACUACGGCCACGCCGGCACCGUCUACAGUGGCCUCAUGUACAUCUCGGGCGGCAUCACCCACGACACCUUUCAGAAGGGACUCAUGAGCUACGAGCCCGAGACGGACCGCUGGGCCCAGCGUGCCCCAAUGUCCACGGUGCGCGGCCUGCACUGCAUGUGCACCGUGCGCGAGCGCCUCUACGCCAUCGGCGGCAACCACUUCCGCGGCGCCAGCGACUACGACGACGUCCUCUCCUGCGAGUUCUACUCGCCCGCCAGCGACCAGUGGACGAGCGUGGCGCCGAUGCCGCGCGGGCAGAGCGACGUCGGCGUGGCCGUCUUCGGCGAGCGGGUGUACGUCGUGGGCGGCUACUCGUGGAACAGCCGCUGCAUGGUGGAGAUCGUGCAGCGCUACGACCCCGAGCGCGACUCGUGGGAGCGCGCCUUCGACCUGCCCGAGUCGCUCGGCGGGAUCCGCGCGUGCGCCAUCACCGUGCUGCCGCCCCCCGACGGGCAGGGCGGCGAGGACGCGGCCGGGGGGGCUCAGACGCCGCAGCAGCAGCAGCCGCAGCAGCCGCAGCAGCAGCUGCUGCACGAGAGAGGCGCGGAGGGUUUGGAGGCGUCGCCGCAGCACGACGGCAUCGCUCACGGUACCCCGUGAGACUUGCCGGGCGAACGACUGCCCCCAUCCCACCCCACGACUCCCACCCACCCCCCGGUUUGGACGAACGAAGCACAGCGCCGAGAACUCAUGAGAAUCGGACGCCCGAGGCCUGGGAGGGGGUGGGCGUGGGGUUCGCCG